AUGUCUAAACAAACAACAAUCCCAUCAGGAUGUCCUAUGCAUAAAAAUAAUUCUCAAACGUCCGAUCAAUCAUCCUCUCAAUCUAAAUGUCCUAAUUCUUCAAAUAAUACAAUUGAAACAACUAAUCCGAUAGUUCAUUCUGGUGAUGCUCUUUCACCAGAUAAUCAAAUGCCAACACUUGGCCAGCAUCAAAUGCCUGGCCAAAAAAUUCCACUUCCAACAUCUAGAGUUAUUUCUUCUAUUCCUAAAGCUCAUAGUUUUGAUAAUUGGGUAUAUCCUUCUCCACAACAAUUUUAUAAUGCAUUGGUUCGUAAAGGAUGGGAUACUCCAGAAGAAAGUAUUGAAACUAUGGUAGAUAUACAUAAUUUUUUAAAUGAAGAAGCUUGGAAUGAAAUCCUUAAAUGGGAACGGAUGAAAAAAUGUCCAUGUGAUGGACCAAAAUUAUUACGCUUUCGUGGACGACCUCAAGAACUUAGUCCAAAAGCUCGGUUGCUUCAAUGGGCAGGAAAAUUAUUCCCUUCAUUAGG